UUCACCCUUUCAAUGUCUUUUCUAUUAUUAAUUCCUAACUUCUCCUAUAAAAACCUUCCUCUCUAAUUCAAAAAAUAUUCAUCAACUCAAAUCUUUACAAUUUCUUCUCUCAAUCAAUCCAUGUAUCUUCCUCAAGAUCCAACAAAAACUCAUGAUGCGGCGGCGAGAAUCUCGGCCGUGAUUUUACUCGCAUUGCUGAGUUUAGCCACCGUGGAAGGUAAAAGGUCGUGCCCGACUAAUUAUUUACAAGUUCCGGCAAUCAGUUGCCGGAAACACACGGCGUUGAUUACAGACUUCGGCGGCGUAGGCGACGGUGUAACUUCAAAUACUCAGGCGUUCCGGCGAGCGAUUGAACAUCUCAGCUCACUGGCAGCGGACGGCGGUGCUCAGUUGACUGUGCCACCGGGAAAAUGGCUGACCGGAAGUUUUAAUCUGACCAGCCAUUUCACACUCUUUGUUCAUAAAGAUGCAAAAAUUCUUGGUUCCCAGGUGGAGAAUGAAUCGGAAUGGCCACAAGUCGCACUUCUACCAUCUUAUGGGGUAGGAAGAGAUGCUCCUGGUGGAAGAUACAGCAGUCUCAUCUUUGGAACCAAUCUCACCGACGUCGUCAUCACCGGUAACAAUGGUACCAUUGACGGGCAAGGAGCUUACUGGUGGGAUAAGUUCCACAAAGGCGAGCUUAACUUGACACGGCCCUACCUGAUUGAGAUUAUGUACUCCGAUCAAAUUCAGAUUUCUGAUCUAACUUUGGUCAAUUCUCCCUCCUGGUUUGUCCAUCCCAUCUACAGUAAGAAUGUGAUUAUCCAAGGUCUCACCAUUCUUGCUCCCAUCGACUCUCCCAACACCGACGGAAUCGACCCAGAUUCCUGCUCCAACACUCGUAUCGAAGACUGCUUCAUUGUCUCCGGCGAUGACUGCAUUGCCGUCAAGAGUGGAUGGGAUCAGUACGGUAUCAAAUUUGGAAUGCCAACUGAAGACCUCGUCAUUAAACGCCUCACCUGCAUUUCCCCGGAUUCUGCUGGCGUCGCUCUCGGCAGUGAAAUGUCCGGCGGUAUCCGCAACGUCAGAAUCGAAAACUUCACCGGAAUCAAUACACAAUCCGCUGUGAGAAUCAAAACCGCUCGUGGACGUGGGGGUUUCGUGAAGGAUAUUUUCGUCCGUGGAAUGUAUCUAUCGACGAUGAAAUACGUGUUCUGGAUGACCGGAAACUACAAAUCGCAUCCUGAUGACAAGUUCGACCCCGCGGCGUUGCCAGAGAUUACGAACAUUAAUUACAGAGAUGUGGUGGCGGAAAAUGUCACUUACUCGGCGAGAUUGGAGGGGAUUUCAGGAGAUCCGUUCACCAAUAUCUGUAUUUCGAAUGUUAAGAUUGGACUAACGGCGACGCCUAAAAAGUUGCAGUGGAACUGUACGGAUGUUGAGGGAUUCAGUAGCGAUGUGGUGCCGCCGCCUUGUGCUCCUCUGGCAAAGGCGGGGAAAAGCGGCGGAUGUGACUUUCCUGAGGAUCAACUUCCGAUUGAGAGGGUUCAGUUGAAGACUUGCUUUGUUCAAAAUCCCACCGUCGUGUGAAGCAUUUGAUGGAAUAAACUGUGUUAUGGAUUUAAUUAUUGUCCCAUCCAAAAAUGAAAUGAACUCUAUUUAUAGAGAUAAUGUACUCAUUUCCAAAAAGCUUUGUUUGAAAUAUCUAUGAAUAUUCAAGUAUCAAAUAUUAAACUUUUAUCUUCUGCGUGAA